GGUCAACGUAGCAAUCAGACUUUUUGGCGGCUAAUAAAGCUGAUGAAAGCAUAAUAAUGAGCACUUGUAUUUUUGUAUUUCGUGUUACAGGAAGUUUAAAUAUUCGAUUGAAUACUUCCCCUUAUUGCAAUUCUCUCAUACAUCUUAAAACUGACCACGUCUCUGCGUAGUUCCUUUUACCAUGAUUGGACACUUUUAAAGUAAAAACUUAGUCUCGGCAUAUCGUUGCACCAUUUUCUUUGGGACAACGAAUACACAUAUUUUAGCCAGUCAAGUAAAAACUUGUCAUAUUGUUGCACAUUUUGACUGGACAACUUUUCAGCUUCUCAGCUCCGGUGAGUACUCUUCCCAAAACCCUGCCCCAAAGUUUCCAAAGUUAGCAAAAGAGAAGCAAAAAAUCAUGGAGAUGCAGAACGUUAACACAAAGAGAAAACAGUUGGAGGAGGACACAGGAGCCAAGGAAGCCAUGUUGGAAAACAAUGGGGAAAAAAACAUCGAUGCACUUGCGGAUGCCCCGCAUGAGAAAGACGAAGCAGCUGGAUCAAGUCACUACGCUUGUCUGCAAAAGCCAUCUGAAGAUAUCUAUUCAAAAGUCGUAAAAACAGAGAAAGAAGAAGCAACUGGAUCAAGUCACUACGCUUGUCUGCAAAAGCCAUCUGAAGAUAUCUAUUCAAAAGUCGUAAAAACAGAGAAAGAAGAAGCAACUGGAUCAAGUCACUACGCUUGUCUGCAAAAGCCAUCUGAAGAUAUCUAUUCAAAAGUCGUAAAAACAGAGAAAGAAGAAGCAACUGGAUCAAGUCACUACGCUAGUCUGCAAAAGCCAUCUGAAGAUAUCUAUUCAAACAUUGCAAAAACAGCCAAAACAUCCCAAAGUACUAUGAGACUGUACAAAGUUGCAUACUUGAUCCUGAGUGUACUAUGCUUGGUGCUGCUGCUGCUCGUCAUUGCGGUCAUAGUGACAACCAAAACAUCCCAAAGUACUAUGAGAUUGGACAAAGUUGCAUGCCUGAUCCUGAGUGUACUCUGCUUGGUGGUGCUGCUGGUCGUCAUUGUGCUCAUAGUGAAAACCAAAACAUCCCAAAGUACUAUGAGACUGGACAAAGUUGCAUGCUUGAUCCUCAGUGUACUCUGCUUGGUGGUGCUGCUGGUCGACAUUGUGCUCAUAGUGAAAAAUCUCCUCUAGAGCAGUGAUGUUUUGGGGUUGUCGUUGGGCAACACGAUGUGUUGUUUUGGACAGCAGGCUCUCCGCCAACAAAAACUGGAAGGAUUAUAAUUGCUACGUGGAAAACUACUUCAUCUGUUAGAUCCAGAUCUGAACUGCACUUCAUCAGUAUAUACUAGUAC